AAAACCCAAACCAAGCCCUCUCUCUCUCUCUCUCUCUCUCUCUCUCUUCUUUCUCUCUCUAAAAUUCAGGUUUUCCCUGUCUCCAUCGCUUUGCAGCCCUCUGCUCUAAAAACUCUGCUACGAAUUGGGGGAAAAAAAAACCCUAUCAGAAAUCAGAGAGAAGAGCGUCGAACUUUCAGUUCGAACACCGACUCACAAAACUGGAGGAAAGCAAAAAAAGUAAAAAGAGAAAAAGAAUGGCUCCAGGUAAAGGAAAAGGAAAAUACGGCGGCAAAAAGAAGCAGAAGAAUGAGGGAAACAACUCAGAGGCGAAGCAGAAGAAUGGCGGAAAAACUCGACAAGAGAGAAAAAGUAAUUCUGAAGCCACUCGCAUUCGAGUUUCUCAGAUUCUCGAGCAAUUUCGAAAUUCCAAGGACGAGGUGCACACAUUUGAAAGUUUUCUGCCAAGGGAUGAGCGAGCUAUUGUGCACAUGCUAAGCAGUAAAAUGGGCAUGAAGUCGAAAAGUUCUGGGGUGGGACAAAAGCGACGAAUUUCUGUAACCAAGAUAAAAAGUGCAGUAGAACCUGUAAAAGGGAAGGAAAACCUCGUUUCUUUUAAAUUUUCGGAAGACUCGAAGGCUGUAUUACAGGAUUUAUUUUCUCGAUACCCGCCCGAUGAAGUGGAAAUGGCGGAGAAGAAAGUCGAAGAAAGUAGUGGACGAUCUAGUGCGGUAUUAGCAAUAGGAGAUGAUAUGUUCUGCAAACCUGUAAUGACCGAGUCUGAAAUUGCAAGCAAGGUGGAAUCACUUGCUUCAAAAAUGGAGAAGGGUCAAUUGAUCAAGAUAGCAGAGACUAGGUCGAGGCUUCCAAUUGCAUCUUUCAAGGAUAAUAUUACUUCUACAAUAGAAUCUAAUCAGGUUGUGCUCGUAUGCGGUGAAACCGGCUGUGGGAAAACGACACAGGUCCCACAAUUUAUUCUGGAUCAUGCAUGGAGUAAAGGACAGCUAUGUAAAAUAGUUUGUACUCAGCCUAGGCGAAUCUCUGCCACAUCAGUGGCUGAAAGAAUUGCUUCAGAAAGAGCUGAAUAUAUAGGCGAUUCUGUUGGAUACAAGAUUCGGCUGGAGACCAAAGGUGGGAGGAAUUCGUCUCUCGUGUUCUGCACGAAUGGGGUUCUGUUGAGGCUUCUAGUUGAGAAAGGAAGUACCAAAAAGAAGACAAAAUCUUCCAAAAAAAAGAAGCCAAAUGCCCUCUCGGAGAUAACUCACAUAGUUGUGGAUGAAAUUCACGAAAGGGACCGCUUCUCUGAUUUCAUGCUGGCAAUACUCAGAGACAUGCUUCCGUCUUAUCCCUCUGUGCGUCUGGUAUUAAUGAGUGCCACAAUCGAUGCAGAUAGAUUUUCAAAUUACUUUGGUGGCUGCCCUGUUAUUCAAGUACCAGGCUUUACCUAUCCCGUAAAAUCAUUCUACCUGGAAGAUGUACUAUCAAUAUUGAGAUUAGACAUAAAAAAAAAUGAAAGUGCGAAGCAAACUAAAACUAAUGCCAUCAAAACCUCUUCCUUAAUCGAGGAAUGUAGAGUUGCUCUCGACGAAGCUAUCGACUUGGCUUUAUCAAAUGACGAAUUUGACCCUCUCGUCGAGUUAAUAUCUCAAACAGAGGACCGAAAGGCCUUUAAUUACCAGCAUUCGAAAACCGGAAUAACACCACUAAUGGUAUUUGCCCGAAAAGGAAGAGUCAGUGAUAUUUGCAUGCUUCUCUCUCUCGGUGUAGACUGUAAUUUACGAUGCAACGAAGGAAAAACCGCUUACACAUACGCUGCACAAGCGAAUCAAAUAGAAGCUGCCGAUAUUAUCAAUAAGCAUGAUGAGAAGGAAUUUACAUUCUCCGAGGAGGAUCAUAAAUUAAUCGAUGAAUACUUAUCGAAAGUCGACCCUGAACUAGUCGAUAUUGUGCUUAUCGAACAGCUACUGAGGAAAAUAUGUGACGACUCCAUGGAUGGAGCUAUUCUUGUUUUCCUUCCUGGCUGGGAUGAUAUAAAUAAAACGAAAGAUAGAUUAUUAGCUAGCCCUUUCUUUAACAAUUCGUCUAAAUUCGCUGUCUUUGCCCUUCAUUCUAUGGUUCCAUCAGUGGAGCAAAAGAAAGUAUUCAAACGCCCAGCUAUUGGAUGCCGCAAGAUUAUUCUUUCCACUAACAUUGCAGAGACUUCUAUUACUAUUGAUGAUGUUGUGUACGUUAUAGACAGUGGGCGGAUGAAGGAAAAGAAUUACGACCCUUAUAACAACGUGUCCACUCUUCAGUCUUCUUGGAUUUCGAAAGCAAGUAUGAAGCAAAGAGAGGGUCGUGCGGGAAGGUGCCAACCGGGUAUUUGUUAUCAUCUUUAUACGAAACUCCGGGCAGAUUCACUGCCCGAUUUUCAAGUUCCCGAGAUUAAGAGAAUGCCGAUUGAAGAACUAUGCCUGCAGGCAAAGCUUAUCGAUCCAUCUUGCAAAAUUGAAACUUUCUUGAACAAGCUGCUGGACCCACCCAUAAUUGAGACAUUACAAAACGCAAUCACCGUUCUUCAAGACAUAGGCGCACUGACCCCCGAGGAGAAACUCACACUACUCGGUGAGAAGUUCGGAUCUCUGCCUACCCAUCCAGUAACGAGCAAGAUGCUGUUUCUCGCGAUACUAUUGAACUGCCUGGGCCCCGCUUUGACUCUAGCCUGUGCUUCCGAAUAUAGAGACCCAUUCAUCAUACCCAUGCUACCCGAACAAAGAAAGAAAGCCGAUACUGCAAUAUCUGAGCUGGCUUCGUUUUACGGUGGGCAUGGCGACCAAUUAUCUGUCGUGGCGGCUUUCGAGUGUUGGGAAAUGGCUAAGUCAAAAGGCGAAGAAGCUCGUUUUUGUUCGCAGUACUUCAUUUCUUCGGGCACUAUGGUUAUGCUAUCGGGUAUGCGAAAGCAGCUCGAAAGGGAGCUCUUUAGGAAUGGGUUUUUGCCAAAGGAUUCGUCUCGUUUUAGUAGUAAUGCGCGUGAGCCUGGGAUAUUGCAUGCUGUGCUUGUUGGGGGUUUGUAUCCAAUGGUGGGGAGGGUGAUUUCAAAGGGUAAGAAGUUUGUUGUGGAGACUUCGGAUGGGAAUAAGGUUAGGUUGCACCCUCAUUCGGUCAAUUCGAGGCUGUUGUUCAAGAAUUGUACUAGUCAGCCUUUUGUUAUGUUUGAUGAGAUCACUCGUGGAGAUGCUGGGCUUUACAUUAGGAAAUCUAAUGUUGUGGGCUCGCUUCCGCUUUUGUUGUUAGCCAAUGAGAUGGUAGUUGCUCCGACAUGUGAAAAUGAUGGUGAUGGGAAUGGGAAUGGUGGUGGUGAUGGGAAUGGAAAAGGUGACGUGGAUGGUGAUGGGAAUGGGAAAGGUGGCGUGGAUGGUGAUGGGAAUGGGAAAGGUGACGUGGAUGGUGAUGGGAAAGGGAAUGGUGAUGGGGAUGGGAAUGGGGAUGGUGAUGGGGAUAGUGAUGGUGAUAAUAGCAACUGUGAAGAUGAUGAUGGUAGUGAUGAGGAUGAAGAAGAGAUUACCGAUUUGUCGGAAUCGAAGCAAGGGGAGAAAAUAAUGUCUUCGCCGGAAAAUGAUGUUAAGGCUGUCAUUGAUCGGUGGCUACCUUUUGGGUGCAAAGCGCUCGAUGUUGCUCAAAUUUACUGUCUGAGGGAGAGGCUAUCAGCGGCAAUUUUGUAUAAAGUGACACAUUCGAAUGAAGAACUUCCGGAACAUUUGGAGGCGUCUGUAUACGCAAUCGCAAGUAUAUUAGCGAAUGAUGGAAUGAGCGGUGUCUCUUUGCCAACUGAGCCAGUGGACUCUCUCACUACAAGUGUCGGUGAUGCUGAUAUUGGAGGAGAUGCCAAGAAAACCACCGCUACAACUAAAGAGCUGCCCAAAAGUUAUCUCAAGUCUUUAAUGUAUCGCGGUAGGCCCCACAACAACAGCCCGGCUCCGCCACCUCAGCAAAACUACCCGGCUCCGCCACAUCAGCAAAACUACCCGGCUCCGCCACGUCAGCAAAACUACCCGGCUCCACCACGUCAACAAAACUACCCGCCACAGUAUCAUCAGUACAGACAACCUGUAAGUCGCUUCCACACGCCUCCCUCGGAAAGUUACCCUGUGACUGCGCACGGAAUAGCACAAGAACGGGGAAUCUUUCCAAAACGACGACGUGGACAACACUGGUAAUGGUCUUAGAUGAAUCUUUUUUUUUUUCUUUUUUUCUUUUUUCUAAUUUAAUUUUCCCUCAAGACUAUAUUAUUCGUGUUAUAGUUUUUAAUAUAUAAUCUUAUAAUCUUUAACGAUUAUGAAAUCUAUUUCCCUUGGGUGAAGACUAUCGAUUGUCGACAAAUAGGGGGGCUGUGCUUUUGGUUCUUUAGUGCAUAAUUGAUUUAUGCAUUAUUAGUAUUUUGAGAUUUUUGGGUUCGGUUUUGGUUCCGUAUAUAGGAUAUAUAUGCGGUUCGUCAUUUAUACAGUUUAUGUACGUUGUAUGAUUAUUUCGUUUUCGUCGAUGAACAUGGAUUAUUUAUAAUACAAUGGACAUCAAUUCUGCUGGAUAA